AUGGGAAUCAGCUACACAUCCCAUAUGGGUACGGGAAUUCGGGAUUGGGAAUGGAACAGAACGAGACGGGACAGGACGGGACGGGAAUUGUGCCCACCCCUAGAUAAAAGACAGGCCACUGACAGAGCAUACGGAGUGUAUAUCGUCCGCAGCAUAUUCACCCAUUCAACACAAGUGAUCUUAAGUAGUUACGUUGAAUCAGGCACCUACAAGAAGCUUCUUACGUAUGAUAAGGUCUUGAGGAAGAGGUAUACAGUUUCAGGACUUGGGCCGAGGACUCACGAUUCUGAAAUUUUGGUCAAAGUUUUGCGUUUUUGGCUAAACGAUCACCCAACUUCUGCUAAAAGAUUAGAGCUCAUACUAUCUGAUGAAGAGGGAGAGAAGAUUCAAGCAACUGUGCAUGUUUCCGUUUAUGAGGCUUAUGAUUGCAAGGUCAACGAGGGAGAUUGGAUUCUCAUUAAGAAUUUCGAUGUCACUACUCAGACAGGACAUUGUAGAGCUACUUGGCAUCUAAAUCGAAUAUACUUGAUGCCAACAACAAUCAUCACAAAGAUCUUUUUCGCUAGCGUAAGAAACUUCUUCAAUUUCGUUGAUUUUGAAAAAAUCAUAGAUCGUUCAGACUGCGAUGAUUAUUUAGUAGAUUUGAUAGGAGAGGUUGUCAAUAUAAGUGAAUCUACUAUUGGAAAGAGGCUGUGA